AUGCUGAUCUUUUUCUUACUGGCUACGACGAUACUCAGUGAAAGCGACUUUUCUGAGAAUCUCUGGUACAACUCGUUCGCGGACAGCGACGGGAAACUCGAGUACUCGUGCGUCGGAACUCCACGAAAAAAUCCUGCGGAAACCGCCAGCGACGUUAUUGGACCCUUCGAGGAGCUACGUCAGCAGUACCCGACAAUAUGUUCCUGCUACGACGAUGUUCGAAACGAAGAACUUUGUCCCAUCGACGUGAAGGCCGAGGCGGACAGCUGCGGACUUGUGUGCAAGAUCAACUGCCGCAAUCAGCGCGACCCGCUCAAAUGCUUUGACAAUCAGACGGGCGAACUUACAGAAGGGACGGGCUCUAAUGCAAACUCCUUGUAG